GAGAUUCAAUACACCAGUUGCCGUUCCCAGGAAAAUGCACAUGAUUCUUCACUCUUCUCUUUUACUCACGCACUGAUUCACAAAAUCAAAGCCGCCACCUUCUCUUCACGCUUAUUACCUCUGGCCCCAAAACACUGAUCUAUGUGUGUGUGAGAGAGAGAGCACAAAAUUCUAUUUGUUUGUGUGUUCUUUGUGUCACUCUCAAGGGUCAGGAGCUACGUUCCUAGGCCCGCAAUGGUGGGCUCUCACGUAAAUGUGAAAGAGGGAUUGGAGAUUGAUGGCACUCUCUUUCUUUUGGUGGUGGAGAAGCAGUGAUCUUUGCGAGGCAGAUGCUAGAGGAAACGUGGUUUGGUUAGUCUAUGCUUUCUUUAAUCCCAUGGAAGGGGACCUGUGGAGAGUGUGGAGAAUUUAAGUGGCCAGGGGAGUUUCGCAAACUUCUCUUCCCUCAACUACAAUGUACGCACACACCGACGUUUAGACACGCGCGCGCACUCGAGAUCCAGAGAGCCCGGGCAUUACUUACAGGCUACAGCUACGCAACAAAGAGGGGAAGAAGAGUGUGUGUCAAAGCCAAAACGCGCUUCACAUCUGAAAGGAGCUCUCUCUCUUUCUGAUUUGAAGGGAUGAGCAGUGGAAGAAGAGAAGGGGACUGGAGCGAUUUAGUCUCCUGUGGUCCUAGGAUCAAGGAGAUGAAUUGAAUCACAAGUAUCCAGAAUUUCUCUCAUUUCUCUGUCCCUCUCUUUCUUUCUCUUUGCAGAGGUAGUUGAACCAUAGUAAAUGUAAAUGCUCUCUUUCUGCAAGGCAAGGGAGAUUGUGAGGGAGGGAGGGAGAGAAGGAAGAGGGUCUGGCUAUGGGAGAACAGAGAAGACAAGUUUUUCUGGUUUGAUUGUAAACUGUGGUGGUGGUGGGGGUGUGUCUUUGUUUUUGUGUUGUUGGGAUCUUGGAGAAGGUUAGCUCGUUUUCCAGGUGACAAAUUUUUGUUCCUGGAGCUCCUCCCAGGAAAUCUCAUUCCCAAUCAAAUUGUUUGUGAGGAUAUUUUGGAGGAAGCUUGCAAGGCAACAGGGGAGGAGGAAGGAGGAGAAGAAUCACUUCAAUCAUCAAAAUGGUACUACUACUACAUGAGGGACUUCUUCCUUGAAAGUUACUUCCACACCUCUCUCUCUCUCCUCCCUCUUUAUUCUUUCUCCUUUGAUUCCUCCAGAAAAGAGUGUAGAAGGAUGUUGCUGCUACUGCUGCUCCUCAUGCCUCCUUCUCCUUCCUCAUCCUCUCACAUUGCUGUGGUGAUGGAAGACUUGGCACCUCCAUGGCCUUCUCCUCCAGCCUCAAGCUCCGCCAGCAAUGGCAAUGGCAUCAACGCAGCUUCCUUCCCAAGAACUUCUCCUUCCUCCUCCUCUCCCAUGAGAUUCACGGCUCUUCACGUCACCAUGAUCUUCAUUGCUAUCCUCCUGUGCGUCAUCAUCUGCGCCAUUCCCUGGGACAACAUCAAAUGCAAUGGCAGCAGCGCCGACAACCAAAACCAAAAUCCUCACCACGAGCAGCCGGAAGAAACCGCGGCACUGGGCGACGAGGAGCAGCCGCAGCCGCAGCCGCAGCAGCAGCAGCCAGCCUCGGGCCUGACCAAAAAGAUAAUCAAAUCGUUCCAGCUGGUGAGGUAUGGAUCAUCGUCGCUGCGGGAAAAGGCCGAGAGCGACACCAGCGGCUGCGGCGGCUGCUGGACCGAGUGCAUGAUCUGCCUCAGCGACUUCCGGAACGGCCAGAUGGUUCGCAUCCUCCCACACUGCAGCCACGGCUUCCACCGAAAGUGCAUCGAACAGUGGCUCCACUCGCACACCUCGUGUCCAAUCUGUCGUAACGCACUGCUCGUUCCAGGCAGUCCGGAGAAAACCACAGCAGCUUUGCCACACCAACACCGUCGCCAUCAUCACCAGCCUGAGCAGCAGCAGUCUGGAGCUCAUCACCACCACCACCACCACCACCAGAGCCAGCUAGAGCAAGUCGUAGUCGUCGAUCCGGAGAGUACUCAGGUCGAGGAGGCCGGAGAGCGGGCUUCCGACGAUCAGGACGGCCAGAGUGUACAUAGCCGAGCUUACGUUGUUGAUUCAGACUGAGUUGAGAUGAUGAGAUGAUAGCAGCGAUGAUUAAUCUCGAGUUUUCUUCCUCCAGUCUUGUCCUUCUCUCCCAAAGACUUGAUCUUUAGCCUUUCGUCGCGUAGCUCAGCAGGCAUCUUCGUCGGUCUCGCAUCUCUCUCCGUCUCUAUCUUAUCACUUCCUCCCAGAAUAUCUGACCAUUCCGUAAGCCACUCCAUUCCAGGAAACCAAAGCCGAUGAUACUGAACCAAUCCAGUAACUAGUGAUGCCGACAUGUCCCAGUACUUGAGGUCACACGGACUGGAUAUCAGCAGCUCGCAAGGAGACGAGCGAGAGAGAGCUCUUUCGUAUUCCUUUUCUUUCCCAGUUCUGACACUGGCUAAGUUUUGCUGCCACUGCUGCUGCUGCUGAU